AGUUGCAGCGCAUGGACUCAUGAGAUGUAAACCAACCGCUUAUGUAGGCUUGUUAGAGUAGAAACAUGACUCACUGCAACACAAAUUGCGUUGAAAAGCCUGUAGCGGCUGCCUUUCAGAUACUUGGGCGUUGCAUCGGUAAAUAUCCGUGGUUGUUUUUAAUUCUUCCUCUGGUGAUAUCGGGCGGACUUGGAGGAGGAUUUUACUUUCUCCGCCAGAGAGAGGUGCAUGACAUCGAGGACCAAUUCACGCCACUAAACGGCCCAGCCAAAGAGGAGAGGGCGUUUGUCAAACAGCACUUUCCUACAGGCAAAGAUUUCUCCCGCUUGAGGCUCUACACCGAGGGCUUGUAUGCGUCGUUUAUAAUAGUGAAGAAGCCUAAUAUACUCACUGUAAACGCGUUUAAAGAAAUAAUAUCAUUAGACGAGAGAGUGAAAGGUCUCAAGACAAGUAGAAAUAAUACAUUUGAAAACCUUUGUGCCAAGAAGAAAAAGAAAUGUGUCUCAAAUGACGUUUUAAAUUUUGUCCUAACGGAUGAUGCUGGCAACAUUGACAAUAUGACUAACCCUAUAAAUUACCCAUUUCAUGGAGAAACAUUUUUGGGAACAGUUAUUGGCGGUGUGAAAUUUAGACCAAAUACCAAGGAAAUCCAGAGCGCCGAUGCGAUACGACUGUUCUACUACUUAGAAGAAGACGCCCUCGGAAAUGAAACUGAUGCCUGGCUGAGUCUUUUUAUUGACACUUUCUCAUCGGAGACAAAAUAUGCUGAAUGGGACUCCAUAUCCAUUUUCACAUCAUUGUCAAGAGAAGAAGAGAUGAAAAAGAAUAGCAAAAGUGUGACCCCUUUCUUUUCCAUCACAUAUUUUUUGGCCAUCAACGUAUCAAUUCUUUCUUGCCUAAGGUUGGACUGUGUGAGGAACAAGGUGUCUGUGGCCAGCUUUGGGGUGUUUUCUGCAGGACUGUCUGUGCUGUCCAGUUUCGGGCUACUUCUGUAUUGUGGGAUGCCGUUUGCAAUGACUGUGGCAACCGCUCCCUUUCUGAUUCUCGGUAUUGGUGUAGAUGACAUGUUCAUCAUGAUUUCCUGCUGGCAGAAGACAAGGGUUCACGACAAGGUGGAAGAUCGCAUGGCAGAGACGUACAGGGAGGCGGCAGUCUCCAUCACCAUCACCACUCUGACUGAUGCCUUGGCCUUUUACAUCGGCAUCCUGACUCCUUUUCGCUCUGUCCAGUCCUUCUGCAUGUACACAGGCACAGCCAUCCUCUUCUGCUACAUCUACAGCAUCACAUUCUUCGGUGCCUUUCUGGCCCUGAAUGGACGACGAGAGAGCAGCAACAGACACUGGCUUACAUUCAGGAAAGUUGACCCUCCAACUCCAGAGAACAAGGGCAAUGCCUGCUCAGUUGGAGGAGCUUAUGAUCACCAAACAGGUGCAGAGGAGGAAAUGCCCAUCAACGUCUUCUUCAGGAAGUAUUAUGGGCCAUUCUUAACUAAAAGAUUAAGCAAGUGCUUUGUUAUUUUGCUCUAUGUUGUAUAUAUGGGUGUGAGCAUAUAUGGUUGUUUUCAGAUGAAAGAGGGUAUAGAUCUGAAAAACCUAGCUGCAGAUGACUCGUAUGUAGUUAAUUACUACGACAACGAGAAUCAGUAUUUCAAAGACUUUGGACCAUUUGUUAUGGUCAUUAUAGAAGACAAAACAUUUGAGUAUUGGAAUAAGACUGCAAGAGACAAUCUCAUGGGUUGUGUUAGACAGUUUGGAAAUUCAGACAUGGUGCCUGAAAAUGUGACUGUUUCAUGGCUUGAUCACUUUGUGAAAUAUGGAAAGGGUACAGGUUUUGAUAUGUCAGUCCAGAAAAGAUUCAUGAGGUUUUUACCAAGCUUUCUUACACUUUCAGGUUUUAGUGAAGAUGUUCAUAUUCAAGACGGUGUGAUUCAAGCGUCCCGCAUCUUUAUACCAACAGUUAAUGUCAGGACUGCAGUAGAUGAAAAGAACAUGUUGAAUUUUUUUAGAAACACCGCUAGUAAAUGCGGUGAGUCUGCAAAUGGCGUAAAUUUAACUGUGUACCAUCCAGCUUUCAUUUACUUUGAUCAGUAUGCCGUCAUUGUCAGCAAUACCAUCCAGAACAUCAUAGUGGCUACUGUCGCUAUGCUUGUCAUUGCCCUUCUGUUGAUUCCACAUCCUCUCUGUUCUCUGUGGGUAACAUUUGCCAUCGCCUCUGUAAUAGUAGGUGUAGCUGGUUUCAUGGCUUUGUGGGAUGUUAAUCUAGACUCCAUCUCCAUGAUCAACCUGGUAAUCUGCAUCGGCUUUUCUGUUGACUUUUCUGCACACAUUUCUUAUGCCUUUGUCUCAAGUGAAAAGAGAUCAGCCAAUGCAAAAGCCAUAGAUGCCUUAUCCAACCUUGGGUAUCCAAUAAUCCAGGGAGCUUUAUCAACAAUUGCUGGGGUUAUUGUUCUGUCAGCGGCAAAGAGCUACAUCUUCAGAACCUUCUUUAAGAUCAUGUUUCUUGUCAUCUCCUUUGGGGCUGUACAUGGCCUUGUGUUUAUCCCAGUGUUUCUGACAUUCUUUGGGGUUUGUGGAAAAAUAGUAAGAACUGAAAGUGACAAAUCCAUCACCAACGAUACAGAAUUUAUUAAAGUUAACAGUGCAUUGGAGAUGGAUGAAAAUGGGAUUUUAAAGAAAGAUACCGAUUUCGAUAUUAGGUUCUGAUCAAGGUGGGACAAUAUUUGUUGAAAAAGACGAUCUGGUAUCUUAAAUAAUUAUCAUGAAAUAGAUAGUCAGGUCUUUGAUCUAAUCACGAUUGCCACAAUUUACGUUGUAGUCUAUUCACAGUGCGUGCUUACACUAUCCCUGGAAUACUGCAAGGAUGGACAGGAAAUAUUUUACGAUCUGUUACUUUUACGAUUAUGAUUUUAUCUGUUACAAACUUUAGCCUUUGUAAACCAUGCACUUCUUUACAGUACAAAACAUCUUGUUGAAAUGAAAGAAACUGAAGACUGAAGGAUGCAUUGUAGACAGGUAUCCCUGCUGUUGUUGCCCACUGGCUAACCAUGGCAUUGGCUAAAUGAGCUCCUGUCAGCAUGGUCAGAAAAGGAAUGGGAUGACAAUUGAAAGAGACAAUUGCGCUGCUAUUAUCAACUUAUUCGAGAUGGUGACCAAUGGCUCUAUGAUUUAACAUUAUAUAUUAUGGCAGUACAAACCAAGCAUGUGUCAGGUUUAUGAAGGCUUCCAGAAGAAAUUAUAAUUGCAUUUAAAGUGAAAAUCUUCUUAUGCCAUGAAUACGCUACUCCACAAAUUAUUGGAUAUUUGGCUUUCCUUCACUGGCUCUCAAACUCUCUCCUCGAUCCUAGAUGCUCGGUCCUCGAGGCUCGUUCCCACUGAUCUAUAACUAACACUGGAUAGACUAUCCCAUUGUUGUCGCCCCAUCAUUCUUUAUCUAGAUCAGUGAGGACGAGGAAGGAAGGGAGGGUGUAUAAAAGACCAGAUGAGAGUUACCCUCUGUGUAGGCAAUGGGGAAGGCAUUGAGACAGGGCAAGAGAGGUGAGGGGCCCAACUUUUAGGUCUGUGGAACAAGGGCUUGCCACCAGGAUGGGACCAUGUGUUUAGCAAAGCAGACUGUUGUGUGUCUUCAUUGUAAAGUCUGAAGAGCUAGUUUAUUUUUUAUUUUUGUAUCACAAAACCAACUCAGGGCUUGCAUUUGCAUGCAUUUUGAAAAGAUGUUACUGAGUUACCUUUUUAAAAAUGUUUUAUUUAAAUUAAAGUGGCAUAGAAGAUUGUCGCACAGCUGGUGCUUUUAAUGUUAGCAUUUUCAUUACUGAAUACUGACAUGUGACUGAUGUUACAUUUAACCCCAUUUUUUCUCCAUAAUUUGUUUUAGUGUUACAACUUUGAAGGAAAGAUAAUGACUUGCAAAAUUGGCUGAGAGCUGAGAAUAUAUUUUGUCAUAACUACUAUGCCAAGCUUUAUGUACAGAAUGUGGAUUGUUAAAACAUCUGUCAAAAACACUUUACAUUAUCAUUAUCGCUUUAUGUUGAACACUGUAAAAACACUGUAUUGCCUUUGUAUAAUUAUCUUAAGUGUCCUUGUAGAUUGUUGUGCACAUUUGUUUUUAAAUUUAUUUAACAUA